UCAACUAUGACACGCGAAACAUCCUGACCACUUCACAAGCUACCAAGAUGGCGGAAGCAAUGCAAGCAACCGUGGCCUCAUUGCUCAAAGGGAUUGACAGGUACAAUCCUGAAAACCUUCAAACUCUGGAAAGAUAUGUGGCUAUGCAAGCCAGUGAGAACACAUAUGACCUGGAGGCUAACUUAGCUGUACUGAAGUUGUACCAGUUUAACCCAAGCAUGUACCAGACUGGAGUUACUGCCACUGUUCUGCUGAAAGCUCUGACAAAUCUCCCAAACUCGGACUUCAUCCUGUGCAAGUGUUUGAUAGAAACAGGAAGGCUGGGUGAAGAGCCAGUGGCCAAAGUCUUGAAGCUUGCAGAAUUCCUUGAAACAGCUCAUUUUCAAGACUUUUGGCUGGCCCUUAUGGAGGACCCGGACCUUCUCAUUGGAAUUCUGGGAUUUGAGGAUUCGAUACGCAAAUUUGUUUGCCAUGUAGUUGCAUCCACCUAUCAAACGAUUAGGAAGGACAAGCUGAGGAUACUGCUUGGAAACAUUUCAGAUGCACAGACUAGCCAGUGGAUCAGUAAAUAUGGGUGGAGAGAACAGCAAGAUGGAUAUGUGUUCGUCACAACCCAGGAUGAGAAUAUCAAAACCAAGAACAUCACAGAAAAGAUUUCGUUUGACAGUGUUGCUGCUAUCAUGGCAUCAGGGCGAUGAUUGUGGAAGUAGUUAACUCUCGUAUGGUUGAGGUCUGUAAGAUAGUCAUUUUAACAAGUAUGGUCAUUUCAAAUAAAAUGUCUGGUUCGCGA